GGCCCCGGGGGGGUUGGUUGGACUCUUCCACGCCCCCACACCCUAUUUCUUUUCAAAAGAAAAUAUGAUCCAUUGAAAAACAACCAACAAAAACCGUAAAGUUAAACAGGAAUGCACCGUUUUCUUUUAGAUCUGCUCCUCUGAGUAUGAGCUCGCUGCUCAGGCCGAAAAUUCGAUGCCCAGACCAUAAUUUCCAUUCAAUUUCUGAUUUCCCCCCUCUGCUUUUUGCUCUUUUUCCUUCUGAUUUUCAGUUCUCCCCUCUCAUUUCUGCUCUAUUCACUAUUCCUACAUGCUGUCUCAGUGGGAUUUUGGAUGGGGUUUGGGGUUGGGGCUCCCCUCCCUCAGCAGAAUGUGGGGCGCUGCCCCUUCCUGUCCCCACAGGCCUAGGGAGCCGUGGGGACAUCAUUUCUGUGAAGAAAUCUGUGGGGCGCAACCGGCUGCUGCCGCAGGGCUUGGCUGUGUACGCAUCGCCUGAGAACCGUCGGCUCUUCGAAGAGGAGAAGCAGAACCAGGAAGGGCAGAUGGAGGCCAUCCAAACGCAGAGUGGAGAGAGGACCCUGCAGUUCCUGCGGAGCUGCCGCCUGGAGGUGGGCAUGAAGAACAACGUGAGCUGGGAGCUGAACACUGACAUCGUGGCGCGGCACUUCCUCAAGAACCUGCGGGUGUCGGUGCCGCCCCACGCGCUGAAGCUGCCAGAUGAGCCCAUCACCCGCUGGGGCGAGUACUGGUGUGACGUGACGGUGAAUGGGAUGGACACGGUGCGGGUCCCCAUGGAUGUGGUGGAGUUCAUGCGACCGCGGACGAAGCGGCGCCGGCACUGGCAGGCACAGCAGGCAGCACUGCUGGCAGCGCGGCGCGACGAGCUGCUUUGACCCCACAGCUCCCUCCUUUUAGGAUCGGGGGGAUUUGGGAUCCCCCCCACUGGAGCUGUUCCCUAUCGCUCCCCAUCCUUGCUGUGUGAAUAAAAGUGGUGGGAGUGUGA